GCUGUACAACUUUGUGAAGCGCUAUGAAAUUCAGCAGCGUAUUGCUGAGCACCCCGCUGCACCGGUUCCCAAUGAGGUCAAGCCGGUGGCUGAACCAUCGGACGAGGAACGUAGAUUGCACGAGCUAACGCACUUGCCGUUUAGGCCCUGGUGCGCGUUUUGUCAAGAGCACAAGAGCCGGUCUGAUGCGCACAAGGCCUCUGACGUGUCGCAGCAUGGAGUGCCAGUCAUCUCUUUCGAUUUCUCUUUCACAGGGAGAGAAGAAGGUGGCAAAGACAAGCUUGUGACACUCGUUGUCAGAGACAGCUUUUCUGGAUGGAGGGAAUCGAUCCCUUCAGCGCGCAAAGGAGGUGCUACCUCCCGUUCCUACUUGGCCUCCGAGGUCACAAGGCUGCUGAACAUGCUUGGUUAUGGAACUGUAAAGUUGCGCUGUGACCCAGAAGGGACAUGUCUUUCACUUCGGGAUGAAAUCGUGAAGCGUCGUUCCAAGUUUGGCCAUCGCACUCUGUUUGAUCAAGUUGCGGAAGGAGAGCACCAAAGCAACGGCGGGGCCGAAGCUGCGGUGCAUCAAACAAGGCUCCAGGCUGGUGUGCUGCUUUCGCAGUACGAAGUACGCAGCGGCAAAACGGUGCACACGACGCACCCGCUGCACUCAUGGUCAAUGAGACAUGCUUCAUGGUUGCUGAAUCGCUUUGGCCAAGCGCGCUCAGGAACGACACCGUUUGAAGAUAUCAUGAACACAACUUACCGAGGCAAGAUUUGCAGAUUCGGCAUGGCAGUGCUGAGUUUGGCCCGUGGCACCGCCGGGGCAAGGGUCGUCCGAGCUGGGUUAAGUCCAUAUGGUUGGGUAAAAGCGCGACCAGCGACCAGCACAUCACGUGCACAGCUGGGGGCAGAUUGCUCCUCACCAGGUCUGCUGGCUGGAACUGUGGGUAAGUCUGCUUCUCAACGCACCAAAGAAGUGACAGAUACUGGUGCAGUUGUUGUUGCCAAUGAUGGUGUUGGACCUGUGACCCCUCUCAUCAGCGCUGGCGGGGAUGAGCAGGAUGAUGGAAAUGAUGAUGGCGGUGAUGAGCAAAG